CCCUACCCGCGUUUGACAAUUCACCAGUUCACCCACAACAAGGAAAAUAUAUAUAGAGAGAGAGAGAGACCCACAGAGAGAGAGACAGCACACACACACACACACACACACACACACACACUCUCUCUCACACACACACACACACACACUCUCUCUCUGUACCCGGGAUAGACCGGACUCAUCCCGGUUUAGGACCUGCACGGACUGGACUUUGCGGACUGGUUUGAGAGUUGCUGAGAGAUCCCAGAUCGGAUCGGAUCAUGUAGAUCGGACAUCAAAGGCGCACGAUGGAUCGAUCUCCGACCAGCUGUGACGUCAGCCGCGCGGCUUAUUGAUUCGCACAUCAAAGCGUUCGGAUACAAAAGUCGGAUACGUGCGCGUUCACGUGCGUUUGUGUGUGUGUGUGUGCGCGCGUGCCCGCGCCCCCCCCCCCCCCCCGGGCACCAUGGGCCCCCCCCCGCUGGAGUUCAGCGACUGUUACUCGGACAGUCCGGAUUUCAGGGACCGGAUCAAGUGUUACGAAGCGGAGCUGGACAGGACCAGCAGAUUCCUCAAAGACGUCAUCAAGGACGGGAACAACGUCAUCAACACCAUCAAAGGUUACUCUCUGGCCGUACAGAAGUUCUCUCAGACUCUGCAGACGUUCCAGUUCGACUUCAUUGGCGACACACUUACAGACGAUGAGAUCAACAUCGCUGAAUCUUUCCGUGAGUUCGCCGGUCUGCUACAGGAAGUGGAGGAGAACAGAAUGAUGCUGGUACAGAACGCCUGUGAUUUACUCAUCAAACCUCUGGAGAAGUUCAGAAAGGAUCAGAUCGGUGUGACAAAAGAGAGGCGUAAGAAGUUUGAGAAGGAAAGUGAGAAGUAUUACUCUCUUCAGGACAAACACCUGAACCUGUCAUCCAAAAAAAAGGAGACACAGCUACAGGAGGCUGAUAAGGAAGUGGAGAAGGAGAAGCAGACCUUCUAUGAAUCCUCGGUGGAGUACGUCUAUCAGAUGCAGCAGGUGGAGGACAGGAAGAAGUUCGACAUUGUCGAGCCUGUUCUGGCGUUCCUGCAGAGCAUCUUAACUCUGAACAACCUGACCGUGGAGAUGACGCAGGACUUCAUGCCCUACAAACAGGAGCUACAGCUCAGCCUGCAGAACACGCGGAAUCACUUUGAGAGUACGAGGGAGGAGAUGGAGGAGCUGAUGAAGAGGAUGAAGCAGCAGAUCUUUAUCAGACACGGACCACAGCAGCCCACAAUCGAGGGUUACCUCUACGUCCACGAGAAAUGGGCGUUGGGGAUGACCUGGGUGAGGUAUUACUGUAAAUAUAUGAAGGACAGUAAGAUGUUGGUGAUGGUGCCACCCGAACAGAAACCUGCAGCCAAACUGGUUCCUGUGGAGCUGACUCUGAAGUCGUGCAUUCGGCGUAAAAGUGAAUCCAUCGAUAAACGCUUCUGCUUCGACAUCGAGAUGCUGGAGAGGCCGACCGUGACCCUACAGGCCACGUCCGAGUCCAACAGGAAGCAGUGGAUCGAGGCCAUGGACGGGAAAGAACCAAUUUAUUAUUCACCGAUACAGAAACAAGCUGAAAUGGAGCUGAAUGAGAUCGGAUUUAAGUUCGUGAGGAAAUGCAUCAACGCCGUGGACAUAAAAGGUCUGACCCAGGAGGGAGUGUAUCGGACUGUUGGCAGCAACAUCCAAGUUCAGAAGCUGCUCAACACCUUUUUUGACUCCAAAUGUCCAGGUGAUGUAGAUCUAAAUGGUAAUGAGUGGGACAUUAAAACCAUUACGAGUGCCAUGAAGUUCUACCUGCGGAGCCUGAGUGAACCACUUAUGACCUACAGCCUGCACCAGGACCUUAUCAGCGCCGCAAAAUCGGAGAAUCUGGAUUACCGCUUGGGGGCGCUACACUGUCUGGUGUACAAACUGCCGGGACAGAACCGUGAGAUGCUGGAACUCCUGAUCAAACACCUGGUCAGCGUUUGCAGCCACAGCGGUGAGAAUCUGAUGACGCCGUCUAACAUGGGCGUGAUAUUCGGCCCCACUCUCCUCCGAGCCGAAGAGGAAACGGUGGCGGCCAUGCUGGACAUCAAAUUCCAGAACAUCGUGGUGGAGAUCCUGAUCGAGGAUUACAAUAAAAUCUUCAGUGGUCCUCCAGAAGAAAGCUCCGCCCCUCCGGUCCCGCCCCCCAGAGUGACGCCAAGGAAACGACAGCCAAUCACCAUUUCCAAACGGCCGCCGAGGUUUUACCCCGCCUUCCAGCCGCCGGCCUACGAGAGCGGAGAGCAGAACGGCAGCGCCCACAACGGCUCCGAUUCCGGAGGGGACGCCAACAGUGCCAGUCCUGUUCCGCACCAGAGGACGAGAAUAGCCCCUCCAAACAUCGCCCCGCCAUCCAUCCCAACGUCCACUCCUUCCAACCCUCCAGCCCUCCCUCUGUCCCCGCCUCGACUUCCCGCGCAGCGCCACACCGCCCACCUCAAACCGGGCGUACGGCAGGACCGCUUCUCCGACUCCGAGGUCUCCAAGAUCGUCUCCAGGAUGCAAGAUGGGGGUCAAAGGCUGGACCCGGCGGCCACGGGCAACGGGGAGUCGGGAGCGCCGGUGGUAUACGCCCAGUGCUUCCAGAGCAGGAAGCCUCCACAGAGGGUCGUCACGGGAACCAAAGAGGCAGAGAGCGAUGGGCUGAAGUGUCGCUCCGUCUACGAAAAAGCUGCUAUCAGUCGACCGCCAACACGGCCCCCGGACCCGCCGUCACGAUGUCCGACAAAUCAGAAAGCACAAAACGAAGAUGCGGCGACAUCCUACGUUGCUUCCAAGACCAAGUUUUUUGAAAAUGCUUCCAGACAUACCAGCAGUUCUGCUAAAUCACCCUCCGGCGCUGAUCUCCCCAGAUGAGGAGCAGAAUGAUUUACAGUCACGGUUACAGAACUCUACGUCUGAAUCCCGAUGCUGCAUCUUCAUCACAAUUUCAGCUACAGCCGACGCACAGCAUUGAUGUGAAUCACCGUCAGCCCUACAAAAUGUGUGUGUGUGUGUGUGUGUGUGUUACUGAUCUGAUAUUUGGGAAACCAAUGCUAGCUAAUGUUUACUACGCUGGUGCUAAUGCAAUACAUGCAUGAAUACUAACUAACCCCGUCAUACCCUACACACUAUACCCUAAACCCUAUUCUCUACACCCUACACACUAUACCCUAAACCCUAUUCUCUAAACCCUACACACUAUACCCUAAACCCUAUUCUCUAAACCUUAAACCCUACACCCUAUUCUCUACACCCUACACCCUAUUCUCUACAACCCUAUUCCCUAAACCUUAAACCCUACAACCUAUUCUCUACACCCUUUUCUUUACACCCUAUACCGUACACCCUAUUCUCUAAACCUUAAACCCUACAACCUAUUCUUUACACCCUAUACUCUACACCUCAUACCUUACUCUGCAUAUCCUACACCCUAUACACUGUUCACUACACCCUAUACUCUACACCCCAUACCUUAAUCUGCAUACUCUACACCAGGGGUCACCAACCUUUUCCAGACUACUUCAAGGGUACGAUUAAUACGAAGGGUUACUUGUUUGAUACAGAACUGGUUAAAACAAUGCCCCAGCUUUCAUGUUAGAGCAAAUUAAGGUUUAAGUUUAAUGUUAAAUAUCGGAACGUUGUAAAGUAAUGGUUUGUUUCCAUACGGCGACGGUGUGCAGUAGAGGGUUUAAAAAGAUCUUUCCUGACAGUUUUGUAUGUAUGAGCACAUCUUCACAUUUUCAUCAAAAUCACACCAUUUUUUUUAUCACUUUAUCACUUCUGUACCAUUAACAGUCACAUCUACAGAUCACGUCCCGUUUGUACUUAUCACUUCCUUUUAGAACAAAUCAUGGACUCGGUCCCGUUUGUACGAAUGAUCAGUAAUGUACGAUUGAAUAAAAGCUGCGAUGUACUGAGAUGUACAGGGACGUUUUUGUGACGCGUACUGAAGUGUCUCUCCACAUUCCUCCAGAUCAUUGUGAAAAUAUGAAGUUUUCUUUCGUUUUUCUUGUGUGUUUUCGGGGUAAAACCCGCAUCUCGCUCCCCAUCGUAGCUGCACUCACCUGCAUGUCUCAGCGCUAUGCGCACGAUAUAAAACUCCGCACCCGGACCAGAUCAGAGCUCAUAUAUAAACAUACAACAGUUUUGUUUUUAAAAUGUUAUAUUCAGUGUUGUCAUUUUCAAAUCCACAUCAGUGUAAGUGUUAUUGAUUUAAAAGAUCAGCAACACAAGUAUAAUUUAAGACGGAGCUCUACGGUCACUAGUGUAAAUUUAGAACAUGCCCUGCGUACCGUGUUGGUGACCCCUGCGCUACACCCUCUACCCUAUUCACUUCAUCCUACACCCCAUACCCUACACUAUACACCCUGUUAACUACACCACAUACCCUUCACCGUCACCACUAUUCACUACACCUCUAACCCCACACCCUACACUCAGCACCCUAUUUCCUAUACCAUAUACCCUACACCCUCUCCCUCUCCCCUACACCCUGCACAGUACACUAUAGGUAUUUAGUACCAGCUUUCGUUCCUGAAUCUCAUCGACUUCUGGCUUUUUUACACUCCAGUUUAAGUGUGACUGCAAACUGGUGUCGUUUAUUAUUUUAAAUUUUUAUUUGAAGAAAAACUAAAGCUGCGUUCACACUGCAGGAUUAAGAUCUGGAUCAUUUGUCUGAUACCAACCUGAAAAAAAACAUGUCCUAAUACUUCUGGUGCGAUUCAUGUGAAAUGGGGCAGAGGUAUAAAGUACAGACUGCUACUGUUGGACCCCUGAGCAAGGACAUUAAGGACUUGUCGGUACCUACUGUUUCAAACUAGUGAACAUACGCACACCUCUAUUGCAGCUAUAACAGUAGUGUGUCUUUGGGAAUUUGUGCCCAUUCGGUACAAAGAGAAUUUGAAUUGUGGUGAGGCCUGGCUCACAAUCAACAUUCUAAUUCAUCCCAGUUUCUCCAUACCAAACUGUUAUUGUGAAAGUGUUGCUACAACAAACUGAGAUAAUGAAUAAAACCUCCCUUCAGACUGAGGUCGUAUCACCGUGAGUCGACGGCGCAGCAGAUUUUGGUAUCAGAUAUAAAACGCAGCCCAAACAGACUCCGCUCCGCUCCUCCCGGCAGUGUGAACGCAGCCCGUGUCAUAAAUCUGGCGUGAUUCCGGCCGCUCGGUUGGUCUGUGCUUUGUGAAGGAUUAAGUACUGUAUAAGUGUGUGAUAGGAAUUCCACUACCCAAACCUGCACUUUGCCGUCUCUCCGAGCAUCUUGGGAACAAUAAAAUGAAGAAGUGAAGUAAAAGGAUUUGAAACACAGCCGCUGCACUACAGAAACGUACUGCUAACGUAUUUAUGAGUCUCUUCAUCACAGUAAAAAGUCCUCGCCUACAGCUCAUUAAAACUCAGUUAUGCUCCUAAAAUCAA